GUGCCAAGGCGUCACGGUGUAAUAAAGUCAUCAGUACAUUUAGAGACGGUUUGACAUCCAGCUCCAGUAUUAUGGAUUAUCGCUCUAGUCUACAUUUAUUUCGGUGAACCUGAAGCCGGCAUCAUGCAGAGCACAGCCAACUACCUGUGGCUCAUCUCAGACCUGCUGGGCCAGGGAGCUACAGCUAACGUUUACCGUGGCAGACACAAGAAAACGGGGGACCUGUAUGCGGUGAAGGUGUUCAACAAUCUCAGUUUCCUGCGACCGCUCGACGUCCAGAUGAGAGAGUUUGAGGUCCUGAAGAAACUCAACCAUAAGAACAUCGUCAAGCUGUUCGCUGUGGAGGAGGAGUCCAACACGCGGCACAAAGUGCUGGUGAUGGAGUAUUGUCCCUGUGGGAGUCUGUACACGGUGCUGGAGGAGUCUUCUAACGCCUACGGACUCGCUGAGGAUGAGUUCCUUAUCGUGCUGCAGGACGUGGUUGCCGGUAUGAACCAUCUCAGAGAGUACGGUAUCGUUCACCGGGACAUCAAACCGGGAAACAUCAUGCGCGUCAUCGGCGAGGACGGGAGGUCCGUCUACAAGCUGACCGAUUUCGGAGCGGCCAGAGAACUGGAGGACGAUGAGCAGUUUGUUUCUCUUUACGGCACCGAGGAAUACCUGCAUCCUGACAUGUAUGAGCGAGCAGUACUGAGGAAAGAGCACCAGAAGAAGUAUGGCGCGACGGUUGAUCUGUGGAGCAUCGGAGUGACCUUCUUCCACGCUGCCACCGGGUCACUGCCCUUCAGACCCUUCGAAGGACCACGCAGGAACAAGGAAGUCAUGUAUAAAAUCAUCACAGAGAAGCCCUCAGGAACCGUCUCAGGGCAGCAGAAGUUUGAGAACGGGAAGAUUGAGUGGAGCACGGAGAUGCCCGUCUCCUGCAACCUGUCCAAGGGCCUCCAGAGCUUGCUGACCCCAGUCCUAGCCAACAUCUUGGAGGCUGACCAGGAGAAGUGUUGGGGCUUUGACCAGUUCUUCGCUGAGACCAGUGAUAUCCUGCAUCGCACCGUGGUGUUGGUCUUCAGUCUACAGCAGGCUACUCUCCACUACAUCUACAUCCACCAGUACAAUACGGCGACUCUCUUCCAGGAGCUGUUGUCUCGUCGGUGCAGCAUCCCGGUCCACAACCAGGAGCUCCUGUACGAGGGGCGUCGCCUGCAGCUUGAGCCCAACCGCCAAGCCCAGACCUUCCCGAGGACCUCCAGAGACAAUCCCAUCAUGCUGCUGAGCAGAGAGUCCGUGGCGACAGUGGGGCUCAUCUUCGAAGACCCGAGUCCUCCUAAAGUCCAGCCUCGCUACGACCUGGACCUGGAUGCCAGCUAUGCCAAGACGUUUGCAGGAGAUGUGGGCCACCUGUGGAAGACUUCAGACUCCCUGUUGGUUUGCCAGGAGCUGGUCAGGAAGGGAGUCAGGGGACUAAUUGAGUUAAUGAAGGAGGACUACAGCGAGAUGGUACAUAAGAAAUCAGAGGUCAUCCACAUCUGCCACUACUGCACUCAGAUCCUGGAGAGGACAGAGCAGCUGUACGAGGUGUUAAUGCGGGCCAAUAUGUUGUCAUCGUCAGAAUACGAUGAGAUCUCAGACAUGAGGAAGAAAAUAGUCCUGAUCUCCAACUCUUUAGUCCCCAUGGAGCAGAUGAUUCAGGACAUCAAGAGUAAGUUCCUGUCAGGUGGCGUUCUGACGGACAGCUGGACUCAAGCUGGAACUCACCCUGAAGACAGGAAUGUUGAGAGGAUUAAGGUUCUCCUGGACUCCAUUACGGCCAUCUACCACCAGUUUAAGAAGGACAAGGCUGAGAGGCGUCUGCCAUACAACGAGGAACAGAUACACAAAUUUGACAAACAGAAGCUGGUGUUCCAUGCCACCAAAGCCAGGUCUCUGUUUACAGAGGAGUGUGCCAUGAAGUAUCGCCUCUUCAUCUCUAAGAGCGAGGAGUGGAUGAGGAAGGUGCAUCACGUGAGGAAACAGCUGAUUAGUCUAACCAGCCAAUUCAACAGCGUGGAGAAAGAGGUUUCCAUGGUGAUGGAGAGAGUUAUUAAGUUACAGGAGCAGUUACCUGGUAAGGUGCUACCUCUGGCGUCCAGUGGUAUGGUGAAACCUCAAGCCUACCUCAGCCAGAGCACCCUGGUAGAGAUGACCCUGGGGAUGAAGAAGCUGAAGGAAGAGAUGGAGGGGGUAGUGAAGGAGUUGGCUGAGAACAACCACUUCCUGGAGAGGUUUGGCUCUUUGACGUCAUUGGAUGGAGGAAUGAGAAGUGUGGACCGUAUCUGAGACCAUGUGGCCCCUCGCCCCUAAACCCUCAUCCCUAAACCCUCACCCCUAAACCCUCACCCCUACACCCUCACCCCUUAACCCUCACCCCUAAACCCUCACCCAACCUCCAUACCCACCCUACACCCUCACCCCUAAACCCUCACCCCUAAACCCUCAUCCCUAAACCCUCACCCCUAAACCCUCACCCCUACACCCUCACCCCUUAACCCUCACCCCUAAACCCUCACCCAACCUCCAUACCCACCCUUAACCCUCACCCCUUGACCCUCGACACUCACCCACCCUAAACCCUCACCCCUAAACUCUCACCCCUAAACCCUCACCCCUAAACCCUCACCCCUACACCCUCACCCUUAAACCCUCACCCCUACACCCUCACCCCUUAACCCUCACCCAACCUCCAUACCCACCCUAAACCCUACACCCUUGACCCUCGACACUCACCCACCCUAAACCCUCACCCCCUGAGUCUCACCCCACCCUAAACCCUCACCCAACCUCCAUACCCACCCUAAACCCUCACCCCUCGACUCUCACCCACCCUAAACCCUCACCCCUCGACUCUCAAACCCACCCCUUACACCCACCCUAAACCCUCACCCCUCGACUCUCACCCCACCCUAAACCCUCACCCCUCAACUCACCCACCCUAAACCCUCACCCCCUGAGUCUCACCCCACCCUAAACCCCCACCUCAAUCCACUAUCUAGACCAAAGGGUCUCCAGCCUUUUCCUUUUCCUUCAAACAGACCCGUUGUUCUCCUCUCCCUCCAACUCUUCCCCGGGUCCUCAGUGUACGAGAGACAGUAUAAUACACCAUGUUUUCUGUUGAUAUACCUGGUUAAAACAAUGUUUAAUAAACACUAGGGGGGGGCCCUAUAAAAUCGGAGAUGUUUUUUAUUCUUCUGUUUUCAGUUCUCCUAAAUCGUGUUUUCACGUGUUUAAUUUGAGAUGUAUUUCGUUUUUACUCUCCAAACUGCAUGUUCUGAGUCCAUGUCAAUGUUUAAAUCACGUCAGAAUAAACGAUUUUUUUAGGUUUGGAA